GGCGGUGAAGGCGGUGGCUCGAGGUGCGGACCCGGUAGGGCGUCCAGUGGGAGGCGGUUCUCGGGAAAGUCCACGGAAGGCGAGGUGCCUAGAUCCCAUGUAAGAGAGAGCUCCGGGCCGUGGACCCCGCAGCCCUCGCCUCCACCGUGGGCCCAUGGCCGUGGCGGUGCCCCCGGGCGGGGCGGGGGGCUCAGGCUGGGCCUGGAGGCCGGUGGGGCGAGACGCGCUUCUGGCUCGGGGCUUCCAUUCAUGCACCGAACUGCGGGGACAGUUCUAUCUCGUGGGGGGUCUCCUAGCAGGAGGCGCGCGAGAGCCCAGCAGUGAUACGGUGGCCUUCGACCCGGCUGGGGGGCAGGCGGUGCGUGUGGGAGCCCCGGGCGGCCCGAGGCGCAGCCACCACGACGCGGCGCCCGUGGGCGGUCGCUGGCUUUGCGUGGUGGGCGGCUGGGACGGGUCGCGUCGCCUGGCCACAGUGGCCGCCUUGGACGCGGAGCGCGGAGUGUGGGAGGCGUGGACCGCGGCCCCGGGCAACUGCCCCCCUGCUGGCCUCAGUAGUCACACCUGCACCCGCCUGUCUGACCGAGAGCUGUGGGUGGCUGGCCGGGAAGGCGGUACGCGUACUCAGCGCCGCUAUGGAAGCAUCUACAUGUUAAGGUUGGACCCUGGCGCCCGAACCUACUGCUAUAAGGAAGAAGGCUGCCACACAGCCUCACGCUCAGGUCACUGUGCUGCCUUGCUUCAAACCCCUGGGCCCAACCCAGGUCAUCAGCUAUUGCUCUUUGGGGGUUGCAAAUCAGCUGAACCAGAAGUAGCUGGGAAUUGGAGUCAUGGGAAGAUUAAGGAGGAACCACCUGCUGCCCCUCAUUUAAUGGAACAGCUUGCAAGGCUUGUGAGCAGUGGACAGGGGUCCCGGCAGGGGCCCCAGGGACUACGGCAUCACUCGUGUUCUGUGGUGGGGCCCUUUGCUGUGCUAUUUGGUGGAGAAACUCUGACCAGAGCUAGAGACACCAUCUGCAAUGACCUCUACAUCUAUGAUACCCGCAAGUCGCCUUCUCUGUGGUUCCACUUCCCCUGUGCAGACCGUGGGCUGAAACGCAUGGGCCAUCGCACCUGCCUUUGGAAUGAUCGGCUUUACCUAAUUGGGGGUUUUGGUGAGGAUGGCAGAUCAGCUAGUCCACAGCUCAGCUGCUUUGGAUGCCAGGCCUCGCUGUUCCUGCCGAAGGCGGUUGAAGCCAGCAAUUACCUAAGAAAGUGAUAAGAGAUUUUAGAUGACUUCAUCCAGAACAAUUGCUUUAUUUACCAUCCAUCAGCUCACAACUCUCUAAACCUGUAUCUCCAACUCAAUUUUUUUCUGUAACUUGAGAUUUAUAAAUAAAACCACCUACUAAAUGUCUCUAGCUGGAUGUCCCACAAGAAACCCAAAUUCAAAAAUCCUAAAAUAAACUCAUCUUUUCCCCCAAACUCCUUUGUUCUCCUACAUUCCAUAUUAUGUCAGUAUCCAACAAAGACAAUCUUGAGAGACAUCUUAGAUUCCUCUUUUAUCCCUUUUACUCCACUUCAAGUCUUGCAAUUCAUCUCAAACUUUUAAGUCCCCCCACACCACAAACAUGCCAAGCAAUUUCACACUGUGGUACUUUCGAACAAAUUAUUCCCUCUACCUAAAAAACUUUCAGCUUUCUUCUUAGUUUGACUUAUCUUUUAGAACUAGCUGAAGGAUUAUAUCCUCUAGAAAACAAAAGAUAAUAACUAGCAUUUAUUGAGCACCUAUGCUCUAGUCACUGUGCAAGAAUACUUCACACUGCAUUGGAGAAAAUAUAUAUAAGAGUAGAAAUGGGUUUCAAACUCAGAUCUGUCUGACCCCAGUGCACUUGUUUUUAUGCCCUUAGCUACUCCCACUAUACCACAGUUCUCCUCCUCACCUACCUCCCAAAUCCCAUAAACUCCUGCUUAGUUAGUGGUUCCUCCUCUAGAUGUCACAAAGGAGGGUCUGUGUGGCACACCGUAAAUCUGUAUUCUUUGGUUUUUUUGUCUUUUCUCAAAUGAGU